AUGGACAACGGACGACAGUUGUGCGUAGGACUGACCGACGAUAACGACGACGAUAAAGCCUGUCAGCUUGUCCCUCCCUCCGUUCCUCUUUGUCCACCAAAGAUUUCUCCUCUACAGAUUCUUGUCCUUCGACGACGGCGACCGUCAGACCGAUGCUCGCUUUGUCUUUAUGCCGCUAAGGUACAGACAGCCGCCGCCGCCGGCCACACCUCCCGCGAAUCUACAGUCACCGUAGCAGCGACCCAAACGAACGAAUAA